AUGCCUGCAUUCCGUUUCCGACAUAUCAAGGAGUUAUAUCCGGUGUUUUGGGGGAAAUCAAUGGAGUUCUGCGCCGUGGUAAAGAGAGACCUUGGUGUGCAACCAGAUAGUGUCUUGGACGUCUGUUACUAUGCCACACGGGUUACGCUGGAUAUCAUUGGGAUUGCUGGAAUGGGCAGAGAUUUGGGGUCUCUGUAUAACAAGGACGACGAGCUGGCAAAGAACUACCAGGAGAUCCUUGAGCCGACACCCGAGAAGGUACUGUACUAUCUUACCAACGUUAUUUUACCACCAUGGCUGGUGAGAAAGCUACCGUGGAGGUUGCAUGAGAGGGUAACGGUUACGACUAGGAACUUGCGGAGGAUUUGUUCGGAGCUUUUGGUAGAAAGGAAGAUGAAGAUCAGAUGCGAGAAAGCCGAGGGUCAGGAAAGUCGCGAUAUCUUGUCCAUCAUGAUUCGCGGUAACGACCAGUCGGACAAGAACCUCGUGGACCAACUUCUUGCUUUUGUAGCCGCAGGUCACGAAACCACAUCCUCUGCACUGACCUGGACUUCCUACCUGCUUGCCCAACACCCAGCCAUUCAAGCUCGGCUCCGCUCCGAAAUCCUUAAGUAUAUUCCCGAUCCAGGCGUUCUGUCAAGCCCUGACUUCGAUGUCGCCAGGCUUCUAGAAAGUAUGCCGUAUCUCAACUGUGUCUGCAACGAAGUUCUCCGACUCUUUCUCCCAGUACCUCUCACAUCGCGCGUCGCUGUCAGGGACACGACAGUCUGCGGCCAUUUCAUACCCAGCGGCACCAUGUUCUGGAUUGUUCCGUGGGCAAUUAACCGAAGUCCGAAGCUUUGGGGACCAGACGCUGAAGACUUCGUACCAGAGCGCUGGAUGGAUACGACGACCGGUCGCGCGACGAUGAACGGUGGAGCAGAGAGCAACUACAGUUUCUUAACAUUCCUGCAUGGCCCGAGGGGCUGUAUUGGAGAGAGGUUUGCGCGGGCCAAGAUGAGGUCGCUUGUUGCGACAUUCGUGGGUAACUUCGAGAUGGAGCUGGCAGAUCCUAACGAGGAGAUUGUCGUGGGUGGCACGCUGACCAGUAAACCGAGGAACGGUAUGAAGCUCAGAUUGAAGGAUGUGAAGUGGGGGCCAUAG